AUGCGCCUAAGGUGCUCAACACCAAUGAUCACAUUACAAAUGAAUAACACAUCUUUUCUUCAGACUAAUAAUGCUUAUAACUUACUUUUGUCUCAUACUAGCGAUGAUUAUAAUUCACCUUUGCUUCAUACUGAUGAUGUUUAUGACAGUUUUAUGGACACUUACUUUAAUAAUAUUAUGGCUUCUGAGGAUAUUUUAAAUGACUUUGGUAACCAGCAAAUUUCAGACAAUGCAUUUGAUGAUUUUGACAAUGAAGUGGAUGUUGAGGACGAAGCUAAAGAAAUGGAACAUGAAGUGGAUUUUGAGAACGAAGAUAAAGAAAUGAAACAUGAAGUGAAUUUUGAGAACAAAGAUAAAAAAAUAAAACCUGAACCUAGAUAUUCGUUAACUGUAAAUCAGUUUUUUAAAACUUGGAAAGCUGUUGAUGAUGAAAUUGAUAAGGUUGAUAAGGAGCCUCGGCAUCGAGUAUAUACAUGUACAAAAGAACAAACAUAUGUGCCACAUAAAGAAGCUCAUAUUCUCAGUGAAAGAGAUCGAGGUCAUAAAUCAAUGGUUCAAAAUAUUACUAUAGUUGAAGCAAGGUACUGUCAGUUAACAAAAAAAAUGCAAGAUGAUGUUAGAUUACUCUCAUCUUGUGGUGUGCAAGCUGGUGCGAUUAUUGAGGUUCUACAAAAAAAGUAUCCCAAGAAACAUAUUUAUGUGCAUAAUGUCUACAAUAUGAUACAAGCUAUUCAUUUUGAGAAUUGUGUUGCAAGUGAUGCAGGUAGCACCUAUCUUGAAUUAAUUAAAAAACAAUAUGAUAAACCUGGUUACUAUAUUAAUGCAAAGUUUGAAGAAGCAGACAACCAUUUAGUUGGUCUUAUGUGGAUGUGGCCGAGUCAGAUUCAAUUAUGGAGCAGCUUUCAUGAUGUUGUUCUUAUAAAUACUACUUUCAAAAUGAAUAGAUAUUCGAUGAUGCUUUGUAUGUUGAUAAUUAUUAACAACCACAAUCGUUCAUGUCUAGUAGCAACUGUGGUGAUAUUGGAUGAGACAAGUAAUACUUUCUCUUGGAUUUUUGAAUAUUUACUUGAAGCAUCUAAUGGCUUGGCUUCAAAAGUGUUAUUUAUGGAUGCUGAUUGUGCAAUGGUUUCUGCUGUAAACACAACAUUACCAAACACAAAACACUAUUUCUGUCUUUUUCAUAUCCGAAAAAAUCUUGAAAACCAUGUAGAGAUUACAUUUGAGAAAUGCUGGGCAGAUUUGCUGCAAAAAUAUCCUGAUUCUGUGCUAUCGUUUAAUGCUGGUGUACAGACUACGCAACGAGUUGAAUCAUACAAUGGGAUUAUCAAAAAACACAUUAAUGGCUCUUCUUCUCUAUUUGAAUUGACAAUACUUAAAAUUCAAUGCCGUAAAAUGAAUCUCAGUAUACACUAUCAGGCACAAUUAGUCAAUUUAACAGAUAGACUUCAAAGUCAGAUAACAGAUGAAAUAUCGGCUGGAAUGUUUUCUGAUAAUCAGUUCGAUGCAUUCGUAAUUGAGCUUAAAGAAUUAAUAAGUGAUUUGAAUUAUACACGUAUUCAUGAGAUCUGGAAAGUUUCAUCAAUUAAUAUGAAAAUUGCUAAGUUUCAUGUUGGAAAUAUAUCACAUAGAUGGUAUUUGGAUGAGGUCAUUUGUGGGGAAGAAACAAAGAUUAAUAAUGAGCCAGCGAAUUCAAUAAUAAAUAAUGAGAAAUUUGGAUUAUUUAUACACAGUAUUCAAGUUAAUUUUAUGCAUCUUGACAGCAUUCGAGGUAGUUAUGUUUUUACUCAUAAGAAGACUCUUGAUUUGGCAAUUGCAACAGGAUGGUACGAAGAAUUAUGUGAAAUGCACCUUAACCUAAUGAAAGAAAUGGAAAUAGAACUUGUAACAGAAGAUAAUUGUAAUAUAGGAGAUGAUAAUAUUGAGCUGUUUGCAGCUUCAAUUAGUAAUCCAGUUGGUAUACAUUUAAAGGGUAGAAAAUGGAAAAUCUUAAAAGAAGCAAGAAUAGGAAUCAAUGAAAAUUUGACUCGUCAAGAGAAUUGUUGCAGUAUUUGUGAUCAGGCAAGACCUAACUCUUGUACAUGUAACUCAGAUGUUUCAAAUAAUCAGAUGAAUGAUGUGAAUAAGGAAGGUUUUAAUGAUGUGGUCAACCAUAGUCGUCAUGAAAAUAAGUCUCGACAUUGUGGUGUCUGUGGUCAAAUAGGCCACAAUGCUCGUACAUGUAAUUUGGAUAGUUCAAGCAAACAGAUAAACAAUUUAGUUCUAGAAGGCCAUAAUCGUGAAAAUGAAAUUAGAUCACCAUUAUCGUUACCAAUUACAAGUAAAAAUGGUGAAGAUUUAAAUUUAAUGAGUUCAGUUGAUAAGGAUCUUGCCAACAAUAAGUCUCGCCGUUGUGGUACUUGUGGACAAGUAGGUCAUAAUGCUCGUACAUGUGACGUUAAAAGGUAG